CAAUCGCGUACGCUAGCCCCAAGACUUUCUCGGCGCUCAGUCUGCCGGAGUCUGCAGCGCGCGAAACUUGCACGCGCGUCGCGUCGCUCGAGUUAGUGUCCUUACCGGGCCCCCGUGUAUCAAUCCGAUUAAAUCCCCCGGAUCGCUGGUGCGUCCACCAGAAGUGGCAUAUAUCUCUCUCUUUAUCUCUCGCAACCGGAAUACGUUCGCGACCGUACCGCGUAGUCGACGGCCGGGUUUCUCGCCAGGGCGAAUCGGAACGAACGAGAGUAAAUCGAGUCGUAAAGUGUUGCGCCGAUAAACGACGCGUCGCCACGUGAUUUUUUUCCUCUGUCAGGUAACGCGGCCCCGUCGCCCCAGUGUGUGUUCGACGAUCUACGAAGUGCUGCUCCGUUCGAGCCUGUUACCCAUUCGUAAUCCCUCCGUAUUGCGAUCGACGAUGGUAUCAUUGAAGCACGAUGUUCGCGCGUUACAGUGAAACGUGAACGGCUCCGGAGAAUUCGAACGGGAGUGGCAGAGUUUUUACCUUAAAAAAAAGAAAAGAAAAGAAAAGAAAAGUAAAAAAGAGUUUCGUCGGGACCCGUGGUCCUCUGUCUGUGUGUGCUCGCUCUGCCGCCGCAGCGUCUCUCCAUCUCUCUACCGACGGCGAAGGAGGAGCGAGAGAGGGGCGAAGAGUCGAGGCGGUUCUCGCUUCUUUCUCCCUGCCAGCGGCUUGCCGGCCCCACGAUUGACGGAUACGUACGCACGCCGCCGGUUUCCUGCUCGAAAUACCACGGAGCUGCUUCGCUAGGUGUCUGCACGGACUCGGGAGGAUUCUCGCGCGUACUUGGGCCGACGUGUUACGAGGUAAGACGCCCGCCGUGAUUCACCGCGGCAACCAUGUUGAAACGAAUGCUACGGGAAACGUAAUAACGAGCUGCUUGUUAGGACCCUGCCGACCGGAGAUCAUAUGCAGGUACGCUUUCCACCACGGUCUAGUAUUCACCGAUGACCCGUAUUUAGCGUCGCUAAGCCGUGCAGUGGAACACUUAAUUUCGUCAGAUUGCAGAAUUCAAUAAACAGUGUCACGCGUGCCCGUGGAUCGCCGGCGCAGCUCACCACGAGGAGUCUUCGUGCCAGAAAUCAGCCGGUGCUGCUCAUUGAUGCACCACCGACGAUCGAUCCGCGACGGAAGUGACGUGGCACCGACCAACGACGACGACGAGGAGGACCACGUGGCCAACAUUCCCUUGGCAAAGUGACGCUCAAGGCGCUCACCGAUUUUUCGCUCCUGUCUAAGCUAAGGAAAUCCUCGGGAUGGAGCUCGGCACAGUGAAACUGUUGCUUUACUCGACGCUGAUGGUUAUGUGCUGGAGCUACGAGGACUGGUCGGCGAAAUGCUCGCCGGCUUGCAAGUGCACAUGGGCGAAAGGCAAGAGGACCGCCGAGUGCAUCAACCGGAACCUGACGCAGAUCCCGAGCAACCUGUCGUCCGAGAUCCAGCACAUCGAUCUAACGGGCAACCAUAUCUCCCAGCUGAGCUACAACUCGUUCAGCCGGGUCUCCCUGGUGAACCUGCACAAGCUGGUGAUGCAAAGGUGCGAGAUCGAGUCGAUCCACACGGACGCGUUCAACGGCCUGAAGAUCGUGAUCGAGAUCGACCUGUCCUGGAACCACAUCAGAACCCUGUACCCGGGCACGUUCAACGAGACCCAGAAGCUCAGGUCGCUGAACCUCGACAACAACGAGCUCAAGGUGCUGGAGAACGGCCUGUUCCGCGACCUGGUCUUCCUGCAGAAGGUGACGGUGUCCAACAACGAGCUGCAACGGAUCGACGAGAGAGCGUUCCACAACGUCUCGAAGCUCCAGCAGAUCACGUUGAAGAGCAACAAUCUCAGCACGCUGAAGAUGGAGAGCUUCAAGUACCUGCCGAACCUCGGCAGCCUCGAGCUUCAGAACAAUCCGUGGAACUGCAACUGCUAUCUCAAGGAAUUCCGCGACUGGACGAUCCAGCAGAAGCUAUACACGAAGCCGACCAUGUGCAAGUACCCGGCGGCCCUUGCCGACCAGAUGUGGGACGAGAUCAGCAGCGACCAGUUCGCCUGCAUGCCGGAGAUCUCCUCGAUCGGGCCGCCCGUCAAGGUCGAGACCAGCAAGGGCAACGUCACCUUCUGGUGCAAGGCGACCGGGACUCCGCGACCCAAGCUGUCCUGGAUUCACCGGGCACGGUUGCUGACGAACGAGACGCGGCGUCACAACGGCGAGAGGAGCUACGUCCUGAAGUCGAGCGGCCACUGGUUGAACCUGACGAUCCCGGACGUCACGGCCUCGGACAAGGGCGACUACAUCUGCCAGGCGAAGAGUCCCGGUGGCUUCACGGAGAAGAACGUGACCCUGGCGAUCACCGGCGACGCCAUAGGCGGCAAGGACAACAUCAUCAGCCUGCCGUUGGCCCUUGGUUUGGGCGUGACAGCGUUGCUGCUUCUGAUCGUCACCGUGUCGCUUUGCGUGUGCUAUUGCCGGCGCCGUCGAACCAGGCACGACGAGAAGAGCCUGGAGGCCGCCUCGAUAGAGCACCACGGCCUCGGCGAGCAGGAGAAGUCGCUGAUCACGACCAUAAAUCCCGUGGUGAAGCCGCCCAGACGGUACGAGGCGCCGUCCGUGACGUCGCACGGCACCGAGAUGACGGAGCUGAACCGUACAUUGCUCGACAACGACUCGGUCUUUGCUGAUGGUAUCGGUAGCGGUGUCGGCGGCGGAGUGAUCGGAGGCGUGGGCGACGACGAGAGGGAAGAACGAGCGACGCCCGAGCUCGAGAGCGGUACCGGUACCCUGUCCCGCGGAGGAGGUGGUAGCUACCGCCAGUAUCCGCCGGACCUAUUGGCCUUCUCCGGUGGCCGUGGCGCAUCCCCGACCAGCCAAGCAUCCACGGCACCCGACAACACUCGUCUUCCGAGUCAGCACGCGACACCGACCACGUCCGCGUUCGGCUCGCCCUCGAAUCAAUACCCGGCCGCGUUCAAGACCCUGCCGCACAACCGUAGCGUGACGCCGUACGGGAUCGCGAGCUCGACGAUCGCCCCGGUGAUGCCCCGGCACGGCUACGUGACGAUACCGCGCCGGCCGAGGGCGCCCAGCUGGAGCAGCGGGCCGCCCACGUCGCCCACCGACGGCCUGGAGCCGGUCUACGACAAUCUGGGAGUAAGAAGCACCGCGGACGGCAGCUCGAUGCUCUCCUUGAACAAGAGCCCGGAGCCGUUGGCCUCGAUCAGGAACAGACCGCUGCCGGGAACGCCGGGCUCCCUCUACGGCACGAUACAACGAAGCACCCCGAACAUACUGACCAGCAGCCCGCUAGACAGGGCUGCGCCCGAGGGCGCGGCCGAGUGGCCCGCCAAGCUCGCCGACGAGUCCACGUCCGACAGCAACCACAUCCUCGGCGCCCAGCAGUCCGGCAGCAGCAGCACCCUCGGCAGAAAAGUGCCGCCCAGGCCGCCGCCCAAGCCCAAGAAGAAGUCCACCAACGGGCCCCUGUACGAGGACGAGGGUGAGGACGGCACCGAGGUAUGAUCGGCGUAUCUGGGACGGCGGAGCUGAGGCCGCGAGGCCGUGGCCGUGCUGAAGAGACGGGACGCAUGACCGCAGUCACAAUAAACCGGUAGUGCCUUUGAAGACGGAGACGACCCGUCCGCGGCGGGCCGGGUCUCGGAUUCACCCUUUCUUUCCUCUUCGGGUGUGCUUGUAAACCUUCUUCGCCGCCCGAUCCGGCGAAUUCCGACGACGGACACGAUCGCACGGGCGGGCCUCAACGUGUUCGGUGAAACGGACGAUCCUUCGUAUCGUCGGCCGGAUAUUUCGUUGUCGCUGAUAUUCCCUGGGAUAUAAACCAGCUCUGAUAACGUUCUCGAAACGAACGCGAGAACCGCCUUCUCUCGCCGGUCGCUCUCUUUCCUCGUCCUUCACACGUCCUUUUGUUUCUCCCCCCUCCCUGUGUUUUCUAAUUUAUUUGAUCGUUGACGCUGUGCCCGGGACCCCCGCAUCGUGGACGACACCACCACACAGCGAGACUCCGCCGUCGUCGCGACGGCAAUGAUAUCGAGACACACUCGACUCUCUCUCUGUGAAACCUGCUGGACUUUUCGGGAUCGCGCUCCUUCUUGUAUACGGCGCGGACAUUAGUGUUUAAGGACGCACACCGGCUCUCCCGGAUACGAUUCAUGUAGUUCAUUCGUCGUGCUUCUUGCAUGCCUAACGAAGACCGCGGACAACGAUUGAUUGUUCGCGCGCCGCGGAUGAUGACGAUGACGACUUUUCUACGAUACGUGAUCGUGAAUGCGGUGCGCGAUCCGGGAAUUGUAUCCUCGAACUUUGCGAAUGAUUGUUCGCGUGUCGUAUCGAAGCGGCGAGAGAACUUUUAUCACGACUUUUAAUCGCCGCUGUUUCAUCCCCCGGAUGCCCGCAUGCCUCCCAGAAGGGCGGGACUUUCAUUUAUCCUUUUUACCGUUAGUUUUUACUUGUAAGAUCCAGAGUUUGUUCUUCGAUGUAAUCGUGCGACGCGUGGCCGCCGCCGCGCCACGCCGGAUCGUUCCGACGACAAUGUAAAUCAUGAUUGAGACGCCGAUGAUCCCCGGCUCGCGGAUCAACGGAGACGUUAGGGUAACUAUUUGCGGGCGUGUUCGAAGGGUGCGCUCGCGCGGACAGAGAAAACCGAGCUGCACUACCGCGAUCGUAUUCAUGAAAUCUCGACGCGUCGGAUCGAUACGUUCGAUCGGACCCUCGAUCCACGUUCGUUCUUCGUUCUCCCCAAUUGAAUUGGAUCGUUUGCGGCGAGUUUCGCUCUCGCGAGUUCAUCUUGUAAGGAACGAUAUUGUUGUGAAGCGACAUGUAAAACGCAAGCGUGUAUUCGAUGCGCGUGUGUAACUCUGAUUCGCGAGUCGAGACUUUUAACGCGAGGAACGAACGCGGGUCGAAACGAGAUUUAUUUCCGAAUUUCGCGUCAGGAUCGACGCGACGGACGACGAGUUCGAACUUCUCGGACAACGUGUUUUUCUUUUCGACGAUAAUCACGCCACGGAACGUUCCGUUCCGCGAAUUUCCUGGGCUCGCACCCGUUAUGGGAACACGUAGACUCUCUCUCGAAGGGCACGAGCUCCGAAUCGUGCGCCGAAUGUAUUUAACAGGGUGCUCCCUUUUUGCCCUCCGGAACGAUAUUUUAAUAUUCUCACGGACCCGGAGAAAAGGAGACGGCCGCGUGUUGUAAAAAUGAAUUGCAGCCUCUUGUACAUACUGUGUAUUAUACCUAAGAAAUAUAGUUUGUCGUUUAAUCGCG